UCAAAUGUGCAAUGCUUGCAGAAAAGCACCAAGCAGGCUUAUUCUCAGACAACCCAGUUAGUUGUAAACCAUUGGACAAGAUUUCGCCAGAAAAAGUUUUUCUGUCCUUGGUGGGCUCGUUAACUGUCCAUCGUGGUUUGAGGUUGAAAGACCAGAUAUUGGAAAAUGAAGUCCUGAAGUCGUUCCUAGGCAAAUUGAAACGGACAAACGGAUGUGAUGCCAUGCAAUGGACUAAUAAAGAAACGGUUUGAAAAUCACCCUAAUUAAACAAUUUGUUUCAAAUGAUUAUCGAAGAUUACUUUAUUUAUAUGAUUGCAAUUUUAAAUGUUUUUAAAAUCUCUUUUUCUAAAUCAUGGAACGUGUCGAACCUUUCAUUGAAUUAAUAAACAUUAAAUUGAAUGUCCAUAUGUUUAAUCCGUGAUGAUUGGCGAAUAUAUUUAUAGUUGUGGGGGAUUGACAGGGCAACCUAGAGGUUUUUAGGCCCUGGAGCACACUGGACGAGGAUCCUUGCUAACGUAGCGAGCAGAAAAGUACUGCGACCACACCCUUCAGAUUAGCUUAAAAUACACUUCAGAAUACCUCUGCAGUCCUUUUUUGCAAUCGUUCCAUUCUUUUCAUUCUGAGAUGGAAUUCAUAACUUUAUGAGGCCCCCUAGCUAACCAAUGGGUGUGUUUGCAAAAGUUUUUGUGUACCUCCUGGAUCCAUACCACUGAGCUGAGUAAAUGAUCCAGGAAGACCACGUGGAAUCCGGGUGUAGUGCUGUUAAAAGCAACAACUUUGACCAGGGGUGUAGUGACCAGGCUGUGAAAAGAACAAAGGGUGACCUCACCUCGCAAGCAUUUUCUACAAAAUAGAUGGCAAAAAGUACCAAAGGGUUUUUCUCUGCAUUGAAAAGAAGCACAUACCCCUAACCGAACCUCCUGGCUCUAAUCCUAAGCUUCUAGCUUUCUUUAAAUCAAAUUCUGAAAUAAAGCUUAACAUUAUUUUAAACUGCUAAUAAUUCAAUUUAUACUGACUUCUAAGCAUAAACAGUAGCAUAAUUUCUCAAUUUUAGAAACUCAAAUUUUUAAAAGGUGAUUUUAGCAGUCGAGGUGCUUUGUCCCAAGGAUCUUUCACAUACAGCUAUAGAUCAUUAUUGCUUUUGCUUUACGAAAGUUUAAAGUAAUUAAUUUUUUUAUUUUGAAUGUGGAGCCAGCCCAGAGAAAAAUAAAUAUAAUUGCAGCAUUGCUUUUCUAUGUCACUUCCGAGCUGAAAGUUUUUUUUCUGGAGAAAUACCAUAGUUUGGGUUCGAUUUGGCACGAAGUUUCUGGCAAUUCUUUAUAUCUCUUACAAGAAGCGUUUGAAGGACCUUUCAAAUUUUCAGUUGUUUUAUCGCAAAGGAAUUCAUGUAUUUUUCUUUCAUUUUUCUAUUUCUUUUUCCGUUUUCUUUUUUCUAGCCGCACAUUCCAGUAUAGUAGUGUCUAUCCAAAGAACUGUGUGUUUAGAUUGUGGCCCAUUUGGAUUAUUCGGAUUAAUUUGGCUUUUCUGAAAAAAAUUUGAAUGUUGAUAUCGCUCUACUCCUUUAUCGAUCCACAAUAUACUGCAGAACCAAUUAUAGGCCUGUCGCGUGUGUAGAGGUGUAAUAACAUACAGUGCAUUAAUUGCAUUUCAAAGUUUGUUAUUAGUUUUCAGCCACAGACAUGUUAUUAGUUUUCAGCCACAGACAAUGCCUGAUAAUCGAGAGGCGGGGCAAUGGUUUUAUGCACAGCUUGAAACCGUUUUUUUUAUAAUAGAAAAUCACAACAGGGUUUGACGGGCUGUGGAGAGACGAGACAUUCUUGCGUUUUCUACAAAACCCACAUCUUCAGAAAAUAUCUCCUGUAUGCCAGGAACGGUUGAGGAAAUAAGAAACUUGGUUUUUCAAAACUUGUUGUACAAAUGACGAAGUUGAAAUGAGAUCCAACGAAAAUUUUCAGGCUUUUGUAACAGCCAAGAUAGAUUAGAAGCAGAACAUGCUGUCAUCCUUCGCUCUCUAUUUUACAUUAACGCAUUUUGCACUGCUUUGUCAGAGCCAAGCAGAUUUUAGAUGCUGCAGCCAAACCAACCUGGCACUUUGCAACCGGGCAUGCCUACAGGCUGGAAGGUCAGGUCGUUUGCUUCACAGAUACAAUCGAAUAAAACGAGCCUGUUCUGGUAGUCAGCGGAAGUUUUGGAGUUGCAUUAAUACAACAUGGAAAAUUGCAAGAGCGAAAUUUGCACACAAUACCUGUUGCUUCUCCGCAAGAACAGCCUCUUGUGCUGUCGAAUGCUUUCUAGAAGAAAACGUCAAUCACGCUAAAGGUUUUUGCAGCCAUCAAAUAGAGGCUGAUCUCCGAUCUUGUCUCAAUAGAUACGAAAUUGCUAAUGAGUGUUGCAGUACUGCAAAGACAGAAGAUUGCAAGUCACACUGUACCGAGGUGAUUAUGUCAAACUCAAAUGGAAAUUCUUGGUUGGAAUCAUCCUUUGAUAAAUUUUGCCAGAAUUCUACUUCGGUCCCAAACUGUAUUUUUGAUAACUAUGAGGGAAUUCGAGGCAGCAAGUAUUUGAAAUGCUGUGCUUUUGGACAUUCUGCUGUUUGUAGAAAAAGUUGUCGAAAGCUCUUCACUAGAAACAUCAAAGAAUCGAAUUUGGUACCAGAGCUUAACAAAGUUUGUGGACCUUCAAACCCUCAGGACGAAUUAUACCACUGCCUCUUGGAUGUUGUUUCCAGUAAAGAUGAGCGUCCGUUGCAAGAUCAGUGCUGUGUUUUCGCCAAAUCCCGUACUUGCAGGUCGUGGUGUAGCCGAGGAUUUUCAAAAACACUGUACGUUGGUUCAGAUGACCCUCUGUAUAUUCAAUGCAUGGAAAAUCCAUCAGAGUAUGAGCUGUCGACGUGUAUUGCAGAUGUCCUUGAGCCUUGCAAAUUUGGUUGUAAAGACAAAUUAUCAUUUUGCUCAAACUUCAACAACAGGCCAUUGGAACUUUUUCGAAGGUGCGAUUCUGUCGCAGAUCAAGCUGCAAAGAAAAUAUAUGAUUCAUGGCGAAAGGGCGAGCAUUCGUAUGUACCUCUUCCCUCCUCCGCGAAAGAAAUCUUUUCAUGUGAACCCGAGCUUUGGAAGGCAUUAGCAUGUACUUUGGCGAUCAAACCUUGCAGUAGAACGUCCAAUCGAAAUCAAAUAUGCAGGAGUGACUGUGUUUCUUUGUUGAAGAAAUGUCUGAAGCAAAGUCACUUGAUCAGCAAAGCAGAAAAAACCUGCAUGAUGCUAAUGCCAAACCCUGACCAAACUGAUUGUGUGACGUCAACCAACUAUGUCACUGGGAGAAACGAAUCUAUUGACAAAUUUGCUACAUUUCCGUGUCAAAAUGAUCCAUGCAAAGAAAGACAAGUCUGCUCAAUUAACGAAGAAUGCAGCUUUGGCAGGAAUUCAGAGAGUUGUCGUCCAUACAAGUGCUUGCCUGGCUGUGCUUUGCGAUCCUCGCCAAAUGUUAAGAUCAGGCAUUUAGACUUCUUUAAGGUCCCUGUCGCAGAGAACGGCAAGACGUGCUACCAGGUCUGUCAAUGCAUUGUCGAUGACAGUCAUUCAAAGUAUAUUGAUAGUGCGUCAUCGUGCACUCAGAUAGGAUGUCAUCACACUGCCUCUUGCAAAGUGCGAAAUGGAUUCAAAGACCACAAGUCCUCAUUCAGCAUAGAUGGGAAUAUCUGUACUUGUUAUGAUGGUGAAGUUAUUUGUACAAAGAUUUCUGCGUUCAAUGAAGGUCAAGAGCUUGCAGGUUUUGCUUGUGCCUGUGACUCUGAUAUCUACAAUCCCGUAUGUGCCAUAAACGGAAUGACGUAUCCAAGCAUUUGUCAUGCCAGAUGCACUGGGUUGCAAGAUGAACAAAUUCUUCCCGGCGCGUGCAUGCUUGAAAAUUCUUGCAGCACAUCACCUUGCCCUUCGAAACUCGUAUGCAUGCCGAAUCGAAGAGUGUGUUUGCUGUCAACUCUGGUAUGCCCACAAUACGACUGUGUACAACCACAGCAGACGCUAGAGAUGGUUGAACCUUGUUUACUGGACUAUGAACAAACUGAAGAGUGCAAAGAGGAGCCGCUCUUCAAAUACUGUUGCAAAGGAAGCUGCCAUAGCAAGUUCAAUAGAGCUCCAGUUUGCGGAGUAGAUGGAGUAGCAUAUAGCAGCUACUGCGAUGCAGCAAAUUUUCUGGUUCUUGUUGAUUAUAAAGGACAGUGUGUAACUGAUCAAGACGAGCUUCCGAAAAGGGAUCGUUGCAAAAGUAUCAAAUGCACGACAAAAGGGAGUUCCAAUUGCAAGACUCAUAUACCAAUUGGCGGAUGUUGCCCUAUUUGUGAACCGCUGAUUCGUAUACUGUACAGCCAAAGGGAUGCAGAAGUCCAUAUCGAGAAGAUAUCCCCAAAGCCAGUCAUUGUGAGAGACUUUCUAGAACAGCUUUCAACUCAGCUCCUCGUGAGUGAAUGUAUCAUCCGAGGGUAUUUGAGUAUCGAAGGUGAUAUUGUUGUCAUUGUAAAAUCCAAUUUGAAGCUGAAGAAUAUGUUUCAGAUUAAAAUUUGUGAAAGAGAAGCUGAAAGAAUUACAAAUUUGAUAAAUUCAAGAAGUCCUUUGAUUUCGACAAACUAUUACCUAUCAAUAGCAAGGGCAGCGUUUAUUAUUUAUCCUUCAGAUAAAAGCCCAAAUAGAGCUAAAAGACGAUUACCUGCUCUAUUAUUGAUACCUUGUACAUUGUUCGUUGUUUAUAUUUUGACAAAAUAAUGUCUAUAUUUUAUUAACAGAUGCCUUUAUUGAAUUUCAUAUUUGUACAAAAUUUUAUAUUUUUUUAGAAGUUUUCGAGAUUUGAAAUUUUUUAUCCCUAAGAUAACAAAAUGCUUAAACGGUUGGUUACGAAGUGGUGAAAUUUAAGUAAAAAAAAUGUUGUAUCAUCUAAAUUCUGAUAACGUAACAAAACGUAAAGAAGUUUCUGAGAAAAAGAGUGACACAUUAAUACAUUAAUUUUAAGCAUUUGUUUGGUAUGCAAAGAAAUAGUCUCCAAAAUUCUUUUAAUGAAAGAUAUUAGAUUUAAGCAUUUUACCUUUAUGGGCACUACGUAUUUAAGUGAACUUCAGUAUUAGAGUUGACAGCUUCAUCCCUCAAUAAAUCGAUACCUGUUGAGCUCUCACUAAUACAACUAUGCUGGAUGGUUACAAUGCAGAGUGUUUGAUUAAGUACUGGGAUGGGGAAUCGCCUAAUGGAGUCCCGUGGAAAGCUGCUUAUUGUAGACUAGCCUUCGUUCAGACACAACUGACCAUCGCGAAGUAUAAAGCCAGGGCAGCUCUACAGCAAAGAAAACACGUGUAUCUUCCAAUUAUGUUGGAAUAACAUUAAUUUCGAAACAUUUUCAAUCGCUAGUAAAAACAAAAAAAAUAUUCGUAAUUUUGUAUCUGGAAUUUUCUGUAAAUAUUGAAAAUUGAGAUGAUAGAAAAAUUCCAAAUAGAACUUGCAAAAAUAUUUAAUCUGUUCCUGUCAAAAUAUAAAAUCGGAUAUCACCAAAGCUGGGCAUUCAAUUUUCAAUCAAAAAAUAAGGCUUGAGAAAUUUACUGAUUUUGUGUCGCAAUCUUUUUAUCAAUAUUCAAGUUGCAGAUGAUAAAAAAUUCCAGAGAUCUUGGAAACAUACUUGAAUUGUUUCUAUCAAGAUUGAAUAUCCGACAUCAACAAAGCUAAGCACUCGAUUUUCGACUGAAGAGUAAGGCUAUAGGCUUAAGAAAAUUCUUGUUUUUGUCUCUAAAUUUGUUUAUCAAUAUAUUUGUAGAUGCUGUAAAUAUUUAAAGCAGACCUAAGAAACAGGUUGACAAUUUAAUGUUCAACAUCAACAAAGCUCAAUAUUCAAUUUUCGAACAAGAGCAAGGCUACCGAUAGGGUUAAGAAAUUUCGUGAUUUUUGCGUCUAACAUUUUUAAUCAGUAUUCAAGCUGCAGAUAAAGUAAGCAUUUCGAAAGGUCAAACAGCGUAAUGUUGGGUCUUAGUAAGGUGAUAGGGUUAAAGAACAUAAGCCAAAGACUACAAACAGAGACUGUACGUGUUUGUUUUGGUAUCGAAAGGCUAUAAACAGGGACAAGACAUGUUUGCUUCAGGAUCGAAAGACUAUAAACAAUAACAAGACUUGUUUGUUUCAGUACCGAAAGGCUAUAAACAGGAACAAGGCGUGUUUUUUUCAGUAUCGAAAGACUAUAAACAGGGACAAGACUUGUUUGGUUCAGUACCGAAAGGCUAUAAACAAUAACAAGACUUGUUUGUUUAAGUAUCGAAAGACUAUAAACAGGGACAAGACUUGUUUGGUUCAGUACCGAAAGGCUAUAAACAAUAACAAGACUUGUUUGUUUCAGUAUCGAAAGACUAUAAACAGGGACAAGACUUGUUUGUUUCAUUAUCGAAAGGCUAUAAACAAUAACAAGACUUGUUUGGUUCAGUAUCGAAAGUCUUUAAACAGGGACAAGACUUGUUUGUUUCAGUACCGGAAGG